AUGUUUCGCUCGCCGCGAUUGUUGCAAAUCACUGCCUUGUUUGCGUUGUCGCUUGGCGCAGGAACUCUCCUGUUUCUAACAGCGCGAUAUUUGAAACGGAAGCGCCGUGAACCAUCAACAGGAAAGAGCUCAUCGUACAACGAUCGGCCUUUGAGAAGAAAGAGAACUUUCACAGCAGGUAAAGGUAGGACGGCAAAGUGGUUUGAUUUAAAUAAUAAUCCUCCUUCAUGUCGACAAACUAGGCUUGAGCUGAUAGAAAUCAUAUUCGCGAAAGUAGCUAGCGAGCCCACACACAUCAAUAAUUUAGUUUUCCAGUUUAUCUUUCAAUGUUGAUUGUACAUUGUACACGUUACAUUUUUUUCAGAAAAAUUAAUUUGUAUAAUUUUGUUCAGGUAGAGGUAUAAUUAUUUUUUAUCCCAUUUUUUCUGAGAGUACUUCAAACUUACUGUUUACUGGGAAUUAUUUUGAUCAUGAAAUAGCCAGAUUAUCAAUAAAUAAAUCGGAGAGGCAUAAUUUGACAAAACCUUUCCAUGGCUGUGACACAAUGUUGAUACUCAGUAAAUAUGAUAUAGAAAGUGUUUCAUUGUUUGUUGAAGGACAUUUUUUAUAUUUUUCACGUACGCGACGAGGUACUUGAAAUGGCAAGUCAUUAGAGCUAAUAUGAAAUUCGUUGUCUGUUAAAUUUCAGGCAAAUAUUAAUGAACGUUGCUCAGGGAGAAGUUUGUCACCGCAAAAUAUGUGGUUAAUAUUGACAGAAACAAUACUGGUGGUUUCAUAAAUUCAAAAAAAAUUCGGCUUGGCCACGAUAGAGAUAGUUUAGUGCCUAUGUGAGAGUCUAUGGAAUGUAAAAUGAUGAUUCCUCUUCCACAUAUGUAUUAGUUAUCUCCUAUUAUUGUAACACCAUAUAUCAUUUCAGGUCAAAAGUACUUUAAACUGCGGCUGCACGUGCAGUGUAUAUAGGGUUUUCUGAAGAAAUUGUGUUCAAAAAAGCUGAUAAACAUUAAAAUAUAAGUGCAUACAUACCUGUAUUAUAAUCACUCAAUAAAUAACACCAGAAGUUUAUUAUCCUAUUAGUCAUGCAGUGUGCAAAGACAUUGAAAUUUUAUUUUUGAUCAGUAUCACUAUGUUUACUAUAUUAGUGGAUUUGAAUUCUUUUCACAUACUGCAUCAAUGUAUUAGAAUGUAUGAUUUCAAGUUUGAAACAACUUGUGACAGAAAAUUGACAGAAGGACAAACUACUAACAAUGAAAUAGAUUACUGUACUUUUGCAGUGUAGCAUUCUACAGAAAUAUCAGUCAUACACUUAUAGCCUAAAAUUAUUUAAUCUGAGAACCUCAUUAGUAUUGACAGUUGCUAUCAACAACCAGAUAAUGAUUGAUUUAUACUGUAUAUAUAUGUACACCUGUAUGUCUUUUUAUUUAUUUUUGUACUCAUUUAUUCAAAUUUUCCUUCCUUCGACAGGGAGCUCAAGAAUAUCUACAGCUGGUGAAUCUUCCAGACACACCCCUAGAAGUGCAACAAGCUUAGAUAAUGAAGUUGUGUUCCGACGACAUGCAGCAAAUCUUGAAUCACCAAAUGCUGCUUUGGAUGAUGGUGUUCUAGUUAAUGGUAAAUAAUUGGAUGAUUAUUUUCUUCUUGCUAGAGUUCAUGAACUGUAUAGUUUAGGCUUAGCCUAAUAUUACUUAAAAUAAAAAUAUUACUGGACAGUACAAAUUACAUCAAUUUCUACCAGAUGGAAGGGUUUCUGAAGAUAGUGCUAUUGACCUAGGAGAUGUUAUCACAGAUGAAGAAGAAAUUGUUGAGGAGCUUAUAAAGAGAGGUAUGUUUUUUAUUCAUAAUCCUGAAUACUUUAAAACUUCUGAUUUUCCAAAGUCCUUGGGUACGAAAGAGCUAUGAUCCUGUGCAAGUUAAUUGUUUCUCAUUCAAAGGACAUUACCCCAUGAAUGUAGAUAAACAUAUCAGUCUAAAUGUAAAUUAAAGUUGUACAACCAUUUUGAGAGUCUCUUGAAUGUAAAGAGCUACAUGUAUAAUAAAGAUUUUAACUACAUUUUGUAUAGAGGUGUCUUAUUUCUUUUAAAUAAGUAUUAAAGUUCAUUUUCCCAUAUUUGACCUAUCAAUUGAGUUUUGUGAUACAAAACAGGUGUUGAAAACUUUGACAUGGCAUUGGAACAUUGGUAUGAAGCUACAGAUUAUGUGAUGGAAUGGCGGCGUCCAGGUCUCUCUCAAGGAGGAAAAAACUCAUUCUUCCUUAUUGAAGCAGACAAAAAGCUGAAUGCCUUGAUUAGUGGUUCCAGAAAGCUGCGGAAGGUGAUUGAACAGUAUGACCUCAUGGAGACACCUUUAACACGGACACCAAGCAACAUGUUGACAUGGAUUGAUGAUGGGAGUUUACAGGAGCAAAUACCCUUGGAAUUCAAUGAAGAUCUGGGGGAUCAGAACUCUUCUGAUGCUGAUUCCUUUGUGUCUGCAUCUGAUAAUGCACAGUUAGAGGUACUUUUGUUGUUGGAAGUAUUCAAUUUAAAUGUAGAAUAAUUAAAUAUUAAAAGAUAAUUGAAGUUUAAUUAAAAGAUGAUAUUCCUUAAGCCACCUUGGAAUACCAAGCAGGAGGUAUUUCAAUUUUUUCCAUUUAACCCUGUUUGUUUGUUUGUUUGUCUUUUUUUUUAGCUCUUUCUCUGUCUCCUCUCCAACUUUCCGUCUUCCUUUUGUGUUAGUCACAGAUUCCAAUUCUUGGCAGCACUUUAUCAGAUAGUGGUCUGGUUUAUUUUAUGGGUAUUGUAUGUGUAGACCUCCAGACUUUUCACAAAAAAAAUUUGUGGAAAGGAAAGUGUCUCUUUACUUUACCAUAUGAUGAUGAAAUUAUGACUUGUACUCAAGUUGCCAGAAUUAUGUGACUUUGUUAGCUUCUCAAUGCUGCUUUUGGGCUGAGCAAUCAGACAGCAUUAAAUGUAUAAAUAGUGUGAUGUUUCUUCUGAGUUAAAACAUAUAUUGUGCCAAUUUUGUUCUGUAGUUUGACGAUAUCACUGAUGAGAGACUUGUCAAUGAGUCACAGCGACUGAAGCUGUUUAGGGAAGCUGUUCUUCGUACAGCUGGAAGUCAUAGGUACACUAAUAGAAUUUAGUGCUUCUAUCACAAGCAAGUAAACUACAUGUAUCGACAGCUCUGUAAUGGAAUAAUUCAAUAAUGAUGACAAUUUCAUGUGUUUUACCACCAUAAUAUUAUUAAUAGUUUAUGUACAUGCAAACUUUCAUAAGUUCAACAGUUGGAAGAUUGAUUUAAUAUAUGCUGUACAUAUUUUGAUUGUUUUUUUGUUUACUCUUUCAGUCACCUUGAGUUUUAUGUGUCUGGACUGCAACAUUACAUUCGUCAUGGUAUCUGCUGUCGUAAGAUCAGGUGCAAUGGUUAACAUAAUAAGUAACAUGAAAUUGGAAAAUCCCCUUUUAUUUUUUUUUGUUUGUGUAUCACAGUAGCUGUACCUUUUACAUGACUCAUUCACUAUAAGUGUAAAUUUAAGUUAAACUUAAAUUUGUUCCUAUGCAUGGUCACGACAUGCCAAAAUUCUUUUCCUUUGUUUUUGUGUCAAUGUUAUAAUUUGUUUUAUUGGAAAGCAAGUUUUUCCUCAGUUUGUAUUAAUUUAAGUUGUUUUAAGUUCAUACAUAUUAUAAAUGAUUUCAUGUCAUCAUGAAAUAAAUAUUUAUUUCCCAUGAUAAUGUAAACUAAGAAGAUCCCAUGUUUUCAAAAUAUAAAGUCAAACAAUAUUUGCUCUUGUCCUUGGACAGAUCUCAUUUCAUUCUUUCCAAUUUUUUGAAAACAUAGUUACAACAUUGCUUGUUUGUUUUUAUUUAUUUUAGAACAAAUGAGGUGGGAUGUGAAAGUGACAUGGAAUUUCUUGCCAAAGUUCACUGUGUGAGACAGGCUUCUGAGGUUUGAUUUGUUUUCAUCUUUUUCAGUGAUAGUAAAUUUAAUUAAUUAUAUGACAUGCCCACUAUGGGUUUUUUGGAAAGUCCUUUCAUCAAUUUUUAAAUUGUUUUUCUCAGAUCCUCUUUGUCUCUUUUUUUUCAAGAUGGUGUUUUUGUCUUCAGAAACACGACAGUGGUUCAUUGAUGCUGGUAGACAAGCUUUGUCAGCUGUCAUUGAAAGUGCAGGCAAGGUAAAAUACUGAGUGCAGACUUUGGCAUUUGAUUGUAUGAACAUCUUUCUGUGAUUACUUACUAUUUCUGUUGCAGAUAUCUCCUAAUCUUUACUACUGACAGUAGUUUAGGACAAAAAUUUCCUGGUGCAGUUUUACAAUCUGCUUUUACUACCAGUGUACUAUAAAGUUCCUGCUAGAUUUUUCAGUAAAAGUGAAGAACAGUUCUUGAAAGAUACUGUCAGCCGACUGUUGGCCAACUGUCAGCUGACAGAUGGCCAACAGUUGGCUGACACAGUUUUCGUUAUGUUUCUAGCCAAAGUCUCAGCUGACUGUCAGCUAACAGUCAGCGACCUGUUGGCAAUCUUUCAGUAACCUGUCAGUAACUUGUCAGUGGGUCAUAAACUGAAAUGAUCGUAAAUAUUUACCAAUUUAUUACUUCCAAAACUACAUAAAAAGGGGAAAAUUCAUUUCAAAAAGAUACCUUGCACUAUACUCUCAAUAGCUAUAAUGGCUUUUGCCCACUUUUUUGCAUUGUCUAGCAAAACUCGAUUUCAUUCAUCCGCCAUAUUGAAAAGUUUUUCUAGUUCCCAAUCCCCUAAAUGCACUACAGUUUUCUAUCAAAUUUUGGUUAACUUAACACUCUCGGCUGACUGUUGGUAAUGUGUCAGUAAUGUGUCGGAAACCUGUCAGCUGACUGUUGACUGACAAGUUACUGACAGCCGAAAAUGGGAACCAUUGUUCACUAUUACCCAUUUUUCUUGAUUGGGUAUCAGUGAACUUGUGAUUUAACAGAGUACACUGAAGUGCAUGUGUGUACAGGUGAAAAUGUGAAUGAUGUAACCCUGUUCAGUUUGUCUGACUUCACUUUGUGCAGGAUCCAUCUGACUUUCAAGCAGCAUUUGAUGAGUUGGUGGAGUACUCGUCAUCAGCAGAAAAUUGGGGGCAAAUCAAAGAGGAGCUGAAUGAGAGAGGAGUAAGACUAACAAUGAACACUGUGGCUUAAAUCUUGCAGUGAACUUACAAUAAAUGCUGUAACUUAAUUUUAAGUGAAUUAAGUUCAAAUCAGACCAAGAUUAGAGUGAUUUGUAAUUUAAGCUGCAAAAUACUGUUGACAUAUAUGAGUCAGCAUCAAAUUUUAUUUAGUCAGUCUUGUCUUCUGAUAAAAUAAUAAAGUAUUUUGGGAAAUUACUCAGAAUUUCCAACAAGUCACAUUAAGGUGCAAAAACUGGUUCAUUAUGGGUCAUAUUGCCGGUGGGAGCACAGAUAGUGCUGAAUACUUCUGGUUUUUGAUUUGCAGGAACUAGGAUUUUCCAAAACUCUACGUGAGGCCUCUCAUGUAGAGGUCUGGAAAAAUUCUCACACCUUAAGUAAGCUUAGUAGUGUAGUAGGAAAUGAACUUACAGUGUAAAGUGGCACAACUUGGUCCUGUCCUGGCUACCAAAAUGUGAUUGUUAUGGUGUAGAUUAUCUGAAUUUGUCAAGUAUUGGAUAUUUUGAUAUGUCUGACAAGCUCUUUUCCUUUCUUAUUCAUCCUCUGUUGUACCCAUUGAAUAAUCUACUACCAAGAAUGUGUACAAAUCCAUGUAACAUAUGAUGAUUCAGUUUGAAAAUUAUGUUCUGUGGUCUCUUUUAAGGUGGUUGAAAUUUCUUUCUAUGACGUACUUCUGGACUUUGUACUAUUAGAUGCAUUUGAUGACUUAGCCACCCCUCCUUACACAGUAGCCACUGCUGUUCAAAACAGAUGGUUGUCAGCUCGAAUCAAGGAAACAGUAUGUGAUGAUAAAAACUCAGGCUUGCCUGUAUUCAUGCAUUUUUUUACGAGGGGUUUGUAUUGUACACUAACAAUAAUUUCAAGGCCACAUUUUGAUUUCUGUUGACCCUGAGAGGGAGGGGAUAGGUAAGAAAAAGCUUCUUUCCCCCAGAGGAGAAUGAAGUUUUUGUUUCCAGAAAAAAAAAAGAAUCUACAUUAUACUGUACAUAAUUGCAAUCCCACUGAACAAAACAGCUCAAGGGAAUGAAACUGCGGACAAAGAGCCACACUGCGGUGUGAAAGCACUUCUUAAAUUAACUUUCUUGUGACAUGCAAAGUGUCUGCAAAUAACGCUAAGGCAUUUUAUUUAGCUACAGUUUUAAAAUUUUAUUUGCCUUUAACCAUUUUACUGUUGUCAUCUGAACAUUCUGCAAUUAUUUCCAUUACAGCAUUGUACAUUCUUUAUUGUUGAUGUUAUUUUGAUGUCAACAGGCCCUUACGACAGCCAUCUGGGGAGUUUUAAAGGCUAAAACUUCUUAUCUUAAGGUAUGUUGCCACUUCCAGCCAUAGAUCUUUUUAUUAUUUUAACUGAUGUUUAAAACCAAAAUACACAGUAUUUAUAGGCGAUUCUUUCUUAAACUGAGACAGAAUUUCUUCUUACAAUAUCAAUACAAUAUCAAGCAGACAAGUUAUGAGAAUGAAGAAAAAUAUAAAUCAGGUGAUUAUAAGUUGAUCCAAUUCCAAAUUCUCUAAACUGACAUCACAAAAGUUUCAUGGCAGACAGUAAGGAGAACUACUUAUGAGAUCUUAGGAGUGAAAGUGUCAAAUCUAAUUUACACCAACAAAAGUUGCAGCUAUUGUAACUAGUGGUGUCGUUUUUUUUGUUUGAAACUGUAACUUUAUAUAAGCAGGGACAAAACAGGGGCCUCUCUGUAUAAAUUGUGUUGAUACUCGACUGAUUUUGGACGUUUUUGUGAACACAGGACCCUUACGGUUUCAUGGCUCAUUUCUAUGUAGUGGCGCAGUAUGUUUCUCCAGUUCUCGCCUGGGGAUUCCUGGGAUCAGAUGACAAACUGAAAAUAGUCUGUGAAUACUUCAAGGUAAAUUAAUUUAAAUCAUUUGACAGUCAAGCGUAUGUCAUUAAUUUGAUAUAAUUCAGAAACUGUAUUUUCUCGAAUAACUGCUCAGGAUGAUUGAUUUUUGUGUAUACAUGCAGGCGGCUUUAUUUUCUACCCUUAAAGUAUUAUUUUCAUCCUCUGCAGAGCCUUAUCCUUGAUUUCAUCAGGGACUUGUUUGACUUCACAACCUGUGAUUAUUCGUCAAUUGAAAGCUUGUGCGACUCAAUCGUGAGGCUGGCCAAAGAAAGAAGCGAACAGUUAUUGAAUAGCGAUACCUGUGAAACCAAGCUUCUCCAAGCAGCUGCUUCUUUUGAUGAAACACUGAUCGAGGCACCGACCACUCCCAGCAAAGAAGUUAAAAAAAAUGAAGAACACGUCUGAAGGAGGACGUUUUCAAUUCAACUUGACAAAAGAAGGUUUUUUUAACCAUGUCUCCGAACCUUGUUAAUCAAAAAGAAAAAUGACUUGCGUGAUGCUAAGAGUGGAAAUAGCGCGAUGAAAUAAUUCGGAUUUCUAAUUUAAGGCCAGUUACGUUGAAGUGCAAGAUUUUGGGAGUAUAUUUGAGUAUAUUUUUAUCUUGGAGGCAAAAUCUUGCUACUCAGUGGAUCACAAAUCUUGGUAAUUAUUUUAAAUAGGAAAUGAUCAUAAGAUAUUUCAUUUUAUUGUUGGUGGCUAGAAAAUUGGACAUCUUACUUUUUCUCGAGUUCUCCUGAUAUUCCUUGUCUAUUUCGUAUCAAGAGUCACUUUUCCAUGCCAGUUUUGGCAAGGUCAGAAGACUUGGAGGUGAAAUGGCUUGCCAGUUGUACAUAUGAGUAACAGUAGAUGUACGGUGUGAGCAUUUUUUAAGGAUUCAUGAGUACAGAGCUAUACAAAGAUGCUUGUGACUUGAAACAAAAGUAUUCGGUUUUGUGUGUCCCCUCUUAAAGACAAUAUCAUUAAAUUAUUUUAGUGUUUCAGAUGAGUGUAAUGACAUUUUUGUAACUGUUUCUUAUUUAUUAUUACCUACAAAAUAACUUUAUUCAUCCCUUAUGGCGAAAAAAACACACUUUACUGAUCUCGUCAAUUAUUCCAGCCUCACCUCUUUGUUUUACUACCAUGAGUGAUCAAGACAGAAUUUCUUCUUACAAUAUCAAUUCAAUAUCAAGCAGACAAGAGAUGAGGAUAAAAAAUAUCAAUUAGGGGAUUACUACUUUAUCCAUCAACAAAUUCUCCAAUUCAUCACUAAGAAUUGUAUGUCAGACAGUAAGGAGAAUUACUAAUUAGAUCUGAAGGGAGUGAAAGGUUUAAAAGCUAGAACUCGAGUAACGAAAAGGCUUGGUAUGUUUACAAGGCCUUGAAGUUAUGAUUAAGUCGAGGCUAAAUAAACAGGAAUUACUGCCUGUGAAAAAGGGACAGCUGGUUCUAGAGCAAGAUUAAAGGUACCCACCCCCUACUCCGUCCUCGUCCUAAUGUCAAGCUAGAUGUUCCUAUACCAUGAAAAAAGGAGUACUUUUUGUUGUUAGACAAAUUUCCGAGUUAGUUCUAUUUCAGAGGUAUCAUCUAAAGCAGCACAGACGCGCUGGUUCCAACCACAAACAACAACAUUGACGUAUUUUUACAAGUUACUCCUGGAAGGACGAGUAGUAAAACAGGGUUUGAUUGCAGGCACUGCGGA